CCCCACAUCAGUGCACAACAUGGCACUGGCCGACACGGAGCGCUCAGUGCCCAACUGCGACUCCGGAUCCUCCUUCUCCGAGAUCGUGGAGCUGAACGUCGGCGGACAGGUGUACGUCACCAGGCACAAAACUCUCGUCGCCGUCCCGGACUCCCUGCUGUGGAACAUGUUCAACAAGAAGUCCCCCAAAGAGUUGGCGAGGGACAGCAAAGGACGCUACUUCUUGGACAGGGACGGGUUCCUGUUCCGAUACGUCCUAGAUUACCUCCGUGACUUGAACUUGGUCCUGCCGGAUUACUUCCCGGAGAAGAGUCGCCUGCAGAGGGAGGCUGACUUCUUCCAGCUGAGGGACCUCGCCAAGCAGCUGAACCCACUCAUGAGUAAAGACAACUCCAUCAGCGAGGAGAUCGGGCAGAGCGACCCGGAGGAAGGAGCCCAGCAGUGCGGUCCUUCAGUGUCCGUCAGCGGGGCAAGGAAGUCGGGCUACAUCACGGUGGGGUACCGUGGAUCCUACACCAUCGGCAGGGACAUCCAGACCGACGCCAAAUUCCGGAGGGUGGCUCGCAUCACGGUGUGUGGGAAGACAGCCCUGGCCAAAGAGGUGUUCGGGGACACGCUGAACGAGAGCAGGGACCCGGACAGGCCCCCGGAGAGAUACACGUCCCGGUACUACCUCAAGUAUAAUUUCCUGGAGCAGGCGUUUGACAAGCUGACGGAGGUGGGCUUCCACAUGGUGGCCUGCAGCUCCACCGGCACCUGCGCCUACACCAGCAAUGACCCCAACGAGGACAAGAUCUGGACGAGCUACACUGAAUAUGUCUUCUGUCGGGAUUAACCAGCAGGUCGAGGUUGAUGUAAAUAGACAUUUCAUAAUCUAGAGGGGAAUGUCUUUUUAAUAUAGUAUUGCACCUGCUGUAUUGACUGCAACAUAAUGCUCCAUUAUUCUAACAAUGUGGCAGUAUUGCUACCUCUGUUCUGUUUUUAAACCAGAGACACAAAAUUCCACUAAAUAGAAUCCAAUCAAACGCGUGGGAAUAGAGUUUGGAGCAUCCGUUGAAAGAAAAAAAUGCCAUCAUCUCCACCUCAUAGAACUUCACAUGAAUGUCUCAGUCAUGUCUGACUCAGUGCUGUGUGAGCUGAGCAGCAUCCAAGAAGCAAGUAUUCAGUGUCAUUGUAACUUCUUUGCUUGAUCACAUGUUUUGGCCAAGUCUUGUAUCAUCCAAUGGUCUCUCGUGUAGCAGGUCUAUCGCUGACACGACUAUAAGUGUAUCUGCUUGCUCAGUAGAGUUGUGUUUGUUAAAAAAAACCUGUUCAGGUGAAAUAAAAUCUUGUA